GACAAGGUUCCUGGCAGAGAGGACAAGGUUCCUGGCAGUGAGGACAAGGUUCCUGGCAGAGAGGACAAGGUUCCUGGCAGUGAGGACAAGGUUCCUGGCGGUGAGGACAAGGUUCCUGGCAGAGAGGACAAGGUUCCUGGCAGAGAGGACAAGGUUCCUGGCAGUGAGGACAAGGUUCCUGGUGGUGAGGACAAGGUUCCUGGCGGACGAGGACAAGGUUCCUGAUGGUGAGGACAAGGUUUCUGGCGGGGAGGACAAGGUUUCUGGCAGUGAGGACAAGGUUCCUGGCAGAGAGGACAAGGUUCCUGGCAGUGAGGACAAGGUUCCUGGCAGAGAGGACAAGGUUCCUGGCAGUGAGGACAAGGUUCCUGGCGGUGAGGACAAGGUUCCUGGCAGAGAGGACAAGGUUCCUGGCAGUGAGGACAAGGUUCCUGGUGGUGAGGACAAGGUUCCUGGCGGGCGAGGACAAGGUUGCUGAUGGUGAGGACAAGGUUUCUGGCGGGGAGGACAAGGUUUCUGGGAGUGAGGACAAGGUUCCUGGCAGAGAGGACAAGGUUCCUGGCAGAGAGGACAAGGUUCCUGGCAGUGAGGAUAAGGUUUCUGGCAGUGAGGUCAAGGUUCCUGGCGGUGAGGACAAGGUUCCUGGCGGUGAGGAUAAGGUUUCUGGCGGUGAGGAUAAGGUUUCUGGCAGUGAGGACAAGGUUCCUGGCAGUGAGGACAAGGUUCCUGGCGGUGAGGACAAGGUUCCUGGCGGGCGAGGACAAGGUUCCUGAUGGUGAGGACAAGGUUCCUGAUGGUGAGGACAAGGUUCCUGAUGGUGAGGACAAGGUUUCUGGCGGGGAGGACAAGGUUUCUGGCAGAGAGGACAAGGUUCCUGGCAGAGAGGACAAGGUUCCUGGCGGUGAGGACAAGGUUCCUGGCAGAGAGGACAAGGUUCCUGGCAGUGAGGACAAGGUUCCUGGCGGUGAGGACAAGGUUCCUGGCAGAGCGGACAAGGUUCCUGGCAGAGAGGACAAGGUUCCUGGCAGUGAGGACAAGGUUCCUGGCAGUGAGGACAAGGUUCCUGGCGAUGAGGACAAGGUUUCUGGUGGUGAGGACAAGGUUUCUGGCGGUGAGGACAAGGUUCCCGGCGGUGAGGACAAGGUUCCUGACGGUGAGGACAAGGUUCCUGGCGGUGAGGACAAGGUUCCUGGCGGGCGAGGACAAGGUUUCUGGCGGGGAGGACAAGGUUUCUGGCAGUGAGGACAAGGUUCCUGGCAGAGAGGACAAGGUUCCUGGCAGAGAGGACAAGGUUCCUGGCAGUGAGGACAAGGUUCCUGGCAGUGAGGACAAGGUUCCUGGCGGUGAGGACAAGGUUCCUGGUGGUGAGGAUAAGGUUUCUGGCGGUGAGGAUAAGGUUUCUGGCAGUGAGGACAAGGUUCCUGGCGGUGAGGACAAGGUUCCUGGCGGUGAGGAUAAGGUUUCUGGCAGUGAGGACAAGGUUUCUGGCAGUGAGGACAAGGUUGCUGGCGGUGAGGACAAGGUUCCUGGCAGUGAGGACAAGGUUCCUGGCGGUGAGGACAAGGUUCCUGGCGGUGAGGAUAAGGUUUCUGGCGGUGAGGACAAGGUUUCUGGCAGUGAGGCCAAGGUUGCUGGCGGUGAGGACAAGGUUCCUGGCGGGGAGGACAAUGUUCCUGAUGGCGAGGACAAGGUUUCUGGCGGGGAGGACAAGGUUUCUGGCGGGGAGGACAAGGUUUCUGGCGGUGAGGACAAGGUUCCUGGCAGUGAGGACAAGGUUCCUGGCGGUGAGGACAAGGUCCUGGUGGUGAGGACAAGGUUCCUGGCGGGCGAGGACAAGGUUCCUGAUGGUGAGGACAAGGUUUCUGGCGAGGAGGACAAGGUUUCUGGCCGUGAGGACAAGGUUCCUGGCAGAGAGGACAAGGUUCCUGACGCUGAGGAGAAGGUUCCUGGCGGUGAGGACAAGGUUCCUGGCGGUGAGGACAAGGUUCCUGGCGGCGAGGACAAGGUUCCUGGCGGCGAGGACAAGGUUCCUGGCAGUGAGGACAAGGUUCCUGGCGGUGAGGACAAGGUUCCUGGCAGUGAGGACAAGGUUCCUGACGCUGAGGACAAGGUUCCUGGCACUGAGGAGACGCACUCAAAUUUGUAAGUUAUGAUGUAGUUUUUAACUGACAGGUAGAGAAAUGAGAGAACUUAAACCGUAGAUACUGUACCAUGCAUUAAACAUAGUCUUAAUAAACCUAUUAUUAUUAGAUUAUUUUAUGAGAAUCUAGUUUUCCGUGAAAUUACUUUUUUAAGACACGUGAAUCGUGAAACGGCUUUUUUUUCCUUGUGAAACGUGAUCCAUACCCCCCUUUCCCACCCUCUUUUAAAAGUUCUUGCACGGGUCGCGACAAAAAAUAAGUCAUCUUGAAUAUCAGUGAUACCGCUAUAACCACUAUGCAAAGCGCUACGAAAACGUAAUAAGGGGAAUCAUCUAUUGUACUCAUUUUAAGAUUCUCUUUCCAGCUAUGGUAAUGGUUUCGUUUUUCUUGUCUAGAUCAAAUCAUCCAUUCACAGAUUGCCUCCAAGCCAACAAAGUGUGCUACCCUUCCUUGGAUGUACAGUAUAUGCAAAUUACCAACUUACCCAGUAGUAAGUGUGAGAAGCAAGUCCCCAAAUUUCUUUCUAUCUUGA